UCACCUUUUUCUUCCCCACCCAUCUCUCUCUCUCUCUCUCUCUCUAAAAUCUUCCACUUUCUCUCUCUACAUCUAUCGCUAUGUCCGACUCCGUCGAACCUUCAACACCUUCAACCUCAUCGACCAAUACGACGGCGUAUAUACACCCUCGAAGAGAGCCAUUCGAACAUGGUCUCAUCCCCAUCCCCAAGCUCAUCUUCUCCGAUGGUACCCAAACCCUAGGUCCUCUCAGAGACAAGCUCGUCGAGCGAUCCACUCAGUCCCCGAACCACCGAGUCGACUCAAUCGCCAUCUCCGAUAUCCUCCAGAUCUCGCUUGACCACGCUCGACUCGUCCUCGACACAAUCGCCACCGUUCUUCACUCCGAUUCGGACCCAAUUGUCGCUGCAAAGCCGUCUGAGAUCGAGGAAAUUGGGGUUGAUGUGAAUGAUCUGGUUUUGUUUUUGUAUGUUCAGUCGUAUAAGCGGUUGCUUCCGAGGACGCAUAAGGAUUCGGCCGCGGUGGCUGAUGUGUGGCCCUCAACUUCGGCUUUCGAUGGCUAUUUAUCGGCUCUUUCGCCAUUGCAGCUUGUGCGUAGCAAUAGCCGUCGCUUUAUGCCGUCACAAGCUGAUGAGGAGGCUCAUCAGCUAUCCUAUUUACAGAAGCACCUGGCCAACAUCCUGUCUCUUUUAGCAGAUUCUGUGGAAGAAAGCGAAGAAUCUCUGGUUUUAGCAAUGGAGAAGUUUGAGCACCUUGAAUUUCUAAUUUAUUUUGGUGAAAAAGGAUCAGAAAGAAUUCCCUUGAGCCAGGCUGCUCCAUUUUUUGCUAAUUCAGAUCCUGACAUGCCUGCUGCUCCUGUUUCUGCGACACUAGUUCAUGAUUGGCUUCUACAGAAAAUUUCCUCUGCCUUGGAACAUAUUUCUGAAAGAGUUUCUGCGAAAGAAAAUGGGUCAUCCAGUGCCUCUGAUCAGGACGUUGCAAUGGCUGAUGCCUGUGUAAGCUCAAUCAAGGCCUUAACCAGUGCUAGGGGUCCUAGUUUUAUUGAGGGGAUCUCUAAAUCAUCAUAUGUGAAGCAAGCUUCCGAUCUGAAAGGAUCUUCUGUGAAGGUCAUAAAUUGUCAUGAAUCUGUCAUUUACAUUUUAGCACCUUUGAGAUAUGCCACCAUCUAUGGAUGCUCUGACACGACUAUAGUUCUUGGAGCUGUUGGGAAGGCUGUAAGAGUUGAACAUUGUGAGCGGGUUCAUGUCAUUGUAGCAGCAAAACGAAUCUGUAUUGCAAAUUGUCGUGAGUGUGUAUUCUUCUUAGGUGUAAAUCAACGGCCUCUUAUUGUUGGUGACAACCAUAAGCUGCAGGUGGCACCAUAUAACACAUUUUACUCACAAUUGGAGGCGCACAUGGACCAAGUUGGUAUUGAGGCAACUAUUAAUAGAUGGGAUGACCCUGUGGCACUAGGAGUAGUUGAUCCACACGAUUCAUUAUCUCAUCCUGCAGGUGUGUCUGAUGUACAAGCUGAGUCUGCUACCCGCCUAGAUUCUGAUCAGUUCACAAAUUUUUUGAUACCUAACUGGUUUGAAGGUGAAUCCUCUGGGUCUACAAAAGGCAAUCCAUUUCCAUUACCAGAUGUGUAUAUGUCGUCUCAGCAUAGAAAUCACAAUAACUUAGGGGAGAUCAAGCAAAUUUUGAAGGAAACGCAACUGGAAGACAGCCGGAAGCGUGAAUUAUCAAGCGCACUGCAUGUAUACUUCAAGGAAUGGUUAUAUGCAUCAGGAAAUAUCCGGCAGCUUUACUGCUUACAAGGUAUUGCAGGCAGCUGAGAAUCUGCAAUCAUUUACUUUGCGAUGGCAAACAUAUUUGUGCAGUUAUACUGUUGUGGCGAAUGCAGUUGCCAAAACAUUUGCUGACUCCCUGUAUUUUUUUUUUCCUCUUCUUUUUAAUCUUUAUUUUAAUGAUGAUGAUAGUGUCUUUAACUGUAAUAUUUCUGUGAAACAAUUUCACAUCAUUGUGAAAUUUUAAUAUUGUAUUUUCCUGGAACAUGUUAGUUUGAGCUGUUUUGGGUGCAAAAUUAAAAUAUUUUAUUUUCCUUUA